AUGUCGCUCUUCACCGCGCAACUUCACCCAGGGCGGGCUCUGGGCUUUCUCGUCCUCGGAGCAUCCUUGCAUGAUAUCUUGACGCGACUGAAAGCCGAACCGCAACGUUUUCCGCAACUCGAUCUUGCCUACUCCCGCGAGCAACCCGUUCAAGAACCCGUUACCCUAACUCUCCCUGCAAACGGUAUCCGCCUGCGAUUCGAUGGCCCCGAACAGCGCUUGCGCUUGAUAGAGAUUAUCGAUUUCACAAAGAACCAUGUCACCUUCAAGGAUCGUGACCUGGUCAAGCCCGCAAACGCGCAAGGGCCGCCGUCUUCUCCUGUUCCCGGAGAAUCCAGCUCCGGCCCAACCUUCAGACACAUCUACCACAGGCUGCUCGGGCCAACAUAUGGCGGAGAGUACAUCCCACCCACGCCCGACGCCGCCGACAACCUGGGUAACUACAUACUUUCUUAUCCCGGCGUGGCCUUUACCUUCCGACUGGCCGAAUCCGCAUAUUCUCCCAACAAAGACGUUGUAUCGCUGCUGUCGUCCGCCACGAGCCAAGUGGCCACAUCCAUGGCCGUUUUCAGCGGAGACUCGUGGGCUGAAGCACGAGAAACUCUCUGGACUGAAAUCCUGCCAAGUGUCAAAACGGUUCCCGUGCUUCCAAGGGGGAAGGACGUUGUUCCAGACGAGAUUUCUCUGGUCAAGAUUCAUGGUGGUGGCAAGCUCCAACUGUUCCGGAAGUGGACCAACUCAUCAAUCUGGAUCAUCCUAGGAGAGACCAGUCCUCAGGAACUGAUUGCGGAGCUUGGCCCGCCCAACGCUACAUAUCGGAAGAACGACCAGAGGAUGACAAUACACAAGCUUCGGACGGCGAGUCACAGCCGUGCCCGGUCGAACGGUGUUGAUCUCAGUCGUCCGGACGACCUCACCGAUACUGACCAGUCGUCUGCGAACACAGGCUCAGACGAUGAUAACGACGAGGCUGUCGAGGAAGAUAUCGCUGGCAAUGUUUCUGGAGAGUGUUUCUACAAUUACUUUUACCUGGGCUUUGACGUUCUCGUUUCGACACCUUCUCCCCCGUCAAGACCGCCACCGGCUCAGAAUGAGUCUCAGGUGCCGCCCGGCAAGCCCAUCAAGUCAGAAUCGCCAGAUCGUCUGGUUGCUACCAAGCUGGUUCUCCAUGGGAACGUGCCUGGGUCCUAUGAAUUCAACAGGCACCGCCGUUGUCGUUGGGAAGUCAGCUAUCUCGACGAAGGCUCGCCAAGUGCAACGGCAAACUCGGAGACCAAGUUCACUGAGAUCAAAGACAAGCUGAACGAACGAUGGAACAGCGCAUAUCCCGACGGAGACUCCAGGGCUCCCCAAAGAGGUAUGGUCCUCAACCGGGGAUGGGGGGACAGUCCCGGUAGCAGUUGUGAGUUUCUUGGGGGUUGGGAGGAUAGCGGCGCCAAGAGGCUCGAUGGCACCGACGAUUCAACCACUACUCUGUUUGGAUUCCCUGGUCUGGUGUUUGAGGUUCUCAAGAACGAUCAUGUUAAUACGGUCACGGUGUUUUAG